AUGGCUGUCUUGGGGAUUCUGCUCUUGCUUUGCAGCCUCCCUAUCUUUUGGAUUUCUAUUCAACGAACAUGUGGUCUGUGGAUUAACUACCUGGAAGCCCGAAAAUUCGGCAUUCCUAUCAAGAUUUUACUGUUCAACCGCCAAGAUGAUAUCUGGCUCUUCGUUUGGAGGCACUUCUACCCAUUCUUCAAGGCCCUGCCAUUCGACCUAGGCUCUUGGAUCGACUAUUCAUUCCAUGGAUGGAAUGUGGCCAUCCGAUUUAGGAAACACGAGGACCUCGGGGAUGUUUUUGUUCUAGUUACGCCCAACCAAAAUGAAAUCGUCACGACCGACCCUGUGGCGGGAUUGGAGCUGGAGUCCAAGUACAAGACUUGGUACAAACCUCAGCACCAUUACCACAUCUUUGACCUGUUUGGAAAAAACCUCCUAACCGUCAACGGUGAUGAAUGGCAAAGACACAGAAAGAUUACGAGUCCUGCUUUCCGGGAGGUGAACUAUAGAUUAGUCUGGAACGAGUCCUUAAAGCAAGCCAAACAAAUGUUCCAAAUAGCCCGGAAUCGAUCACAGGGACACAAUUAUAUGGAGGACAUUAAAAACGAUUCCAUAAUCUUCGCUAUGCAUGUUCUCUCAGCAGUAGGGUUUGGGCAUGUAUAUGAUUUUGAUGGUGGACUUCGAAAAGUUCCAGCUGGCCACGCUGUUAGUUUUUCCUCUACAAUGUGGUUCAUAUUCACCAAAUUCUUGCGGAUCGUAAUGUUCCGCAACCUCUCACUUCCAUCAUGGCUGACACCUGGCUGGCUUGUUGAUAUACACAAGCAUCUGAACGAGUUUAGGCAAUAUAUGGAAGAGGCUAUUGAGAAACAACGACUGGCCGGGCCUGCGCCUGUGGGCUCAGGUGCUGACAUUGUCAGUGCUUUGAUCAGUGCUAAUGAAGUGAUGAAAAACGAAGAGAAAAGCAUACUUACCCCUGCUGGCAAGCGCUCCUACCUGAACGAUAAUGAGUUAUAUGGAAACAUGUUUAUUCUGAACCUCGUGGGGUUUGAGCCUCCGGCUAACGCUGCAAUGCAUGUCCUUCCUUUCCUUGCAUCCUACAGAGAAGUCCAAGACUGGGCUGGCGAAGAAGUGGACGCUGUGCUCGGAAAUUCGGAUGAUCUAGAAUAUGAAGAGGUCUUUCCCAGGCUAGUAAGAUGUCAAGCGGUGUUGUAUGAAACACUUCGAUUCUGGGGACCGCUUGGUGAUACCACCAGGAUUUCCGUAGCCGAGCCGGAGAUCCUUCGCGUUGGAAAGCAUGAAUUGGUCAUUCCCCCGAAAGUAUACGUGAACUGGGACUUUGCAGGAUCCCAGACCGAUUCACGUUGGUGGGGAGCAGAUUCGAUGGAGUGGCGCCCUCAGCGAUGGAUUAAAGUAGACCAAGAAAUUGGCCACGAAGUUCUCGAAGCGCCAUCAGAAGCAGCCGAGAUGGCCUUUAACGCUUGGUCUGGGGGCCCAAGAGUUUGCCCUGGGAAAAAAUUCAGUCAAGUUGAGAUCGUUGCCAUGGUUGCGACUCUCUUAAAAUCUUAUCGCAUGAAGCCUAUGAUAUUGCCAGAGAGGGGGAUGCGGACCGAGCAGCAUGCACAAGCCGAGCUGUUGAGCGUGACAAAUGACCUUGAGCUGCCGGCGAGGAUGAAAGGGGAACGAAUGCGGGAUGCUGGUAUAGUUAUCCUUGACCGAUAA